GCGGAUAAGGAGCUCUGUGCCCGGUGUCAGCCAGUCGAGCCGCAAUCAACUGGGAGAAACCACUCGUCCCGUAUCUUCAGUAUCAGUAACACUCAUCGUCGGCAGAAGACCCGGCCGGGGUGGGUGGGGUGGGGGUCUCCAUAAAACCUGCAGCCCAUCCGGCCAUCCCAACGGCCUCCCGCCACCCUCUCACUACUCUCUCCGAUCCCCCCGGCCGGGCCGGCUUCUCUGCACUGCCCCUGCUGUUCGUUUGCUCACCAGAUUGGAUCAGCUCGGAUUCCGGUUUCGGCGCGGCCCCCCGGAGAGGAGCUGCUGCUGCUGGUGGUCCUGGAGCGGAGGUAUCUAUUCUAUUCAGCGAUUUGGUGUCAGUGUGUUUUGGCUCUCUCUAUAUCUUCCUCCCUUGUCAGUUUCUUGACUCCCCCGGUGUUGACUUGUGUGUGCUCUGGCCGUCAUCUCUGAUUUGCCGUCUUCCUCUUCUUCUCCGUCAUCGUCGUUGGCUGCUGCUGCUUCUUUCUCGCUGCCCUGCCUGUCUGGCUGCCUCUUUCUUUCUUUCUUUCUUUCAGGGAAGAGAGGCUGCUGAACAAGACGUGUGUGAGUGUGCCUGGAAGGAAGAGAACUAGAGAGGCGAGGAACUUGCUUCCCGGGGUGAGAGGAAAUCAGGCGGAGCGGGAAGGGGGGGCUCGGAGAUGGCAGGCGGGUUCGGCGGCGGCGGGGCGGCCCCCGGGAGGGCGGAGCUCUACGAGGGCAGGAUCACCAGCUACUUCAUCCUCGCCUGCAUCGUCGGCUCCUUCGGCGGAUCCCUCUUCGGCUAUGAUCUCGGAGUCUCCAGCGGCGUGACGUCCAUGGACGACUUCCUGAAGAAGUUCUUCCCGGACGUGUACCACCGGAAGCAGGCGCACCUGCGCGAGACGGACUACUGCAAGUACGACAACCAGGUGCUGACGCUCUUCACCUCCUCGCUCUACUUCGCCGGCCUCGUCUCCACCUUCGGCGCCUCCUACGUCACCAAGCGCCGCGGCCGGCGCGCCAGCAUCAUGGUCGGCGCCACCAGCUUCUUCCUCGGCGGCGCCGUCAACGCCGCCGCCGUCAACAUCGCCAUGCUCAUCGUCGGCCGCGUGCUCCUCGGCGUCGGCAUCGGCUUCGGCAACCAGGCCGUCCCGCUCUACCUCUCCGAGAUCGCGCCCUACCGCAUCCGCGGCGCCGUCAACCAGCUCUUCCAGCUCACCACCUGCCUCGGCAUCCUCGUCGCCGACAUCAUCAACUACUUCACCGACCGCCUGCACCCGUGGGGGUGGCGCCUCUCGCUGGGGCUCGCCAUGGGCCCCGCCACCGCCAUCUUCGUCGGCGCGCUCUUCCUGCCGGAGACGCCCAACAGCCUCGUCGAGCGGGGGCUGUUCGAGGAGGCCCGCCGCGUGCUGGAGAAGGUGCGCGGCACGCACAAGGUGGACGCCGAGUUCGAGGACCUCAAGGAGGCCAGCGAGGCGGCGCGCGCCGUCAAGGGCACGUUCCGGAACCUGCUCGCCGCGCGCAACCGCCCGCAGCUCAUCAUCGGCGCGCUCGGCAUCCCGGCGUUCCAGCAGUUGUCGGGCAUGAACUCCAUCCUCUUCUACUCGCCCGUCAUCUUCCAGAGCCUCGGCUUCGGCUCCUCCGCCGCGCUCUACUCCUCCAUCAUCACGGGCUCCAUGCUCGUCGUCGGCGCGCUCAUCUCCAUGGUCACCGUCGACCGCCUCGGCCGCCGAUUCCUCUUCAUCGAGGCCGGCGUCCAGAUGAUCUCAUCCAUGGUGGUUGUGGCCGUGAUCCUGGCGCUCAAGUUCGGGCACGGCGAGGAGCUGUCCAAGGGCGUGAGCACGGUGCUGGUGGUGGCCAUCUGCCUCUUCGUCGUCGCCUACGGCUGGUCCUGGGGGCCGCUGGGGUGGCUUGUCCCCAGCGAGCUGUUCCCGCUGGAGAUGCGGUCGGCGGGGCAGAGCGUGGUGGUGUGCGUGAACCUCUUCUGGACGGCGGCCGUGGCGCAGUGCUUCCUCGCCGCGCUGUGCCACCUCCGGUGGGGCGUGUUCGUGCUCUUCGCGUCGCUCAUCGUCGUCAUGUCCAUCUUCGUUAUCCUCCUGCUGCCGGAGACCAAGCAGGUGCCCAUCGAGGAGGUCUGGAUGCUGUUCGACAGGCACUGGUACUGGAAGCGCAUCGUCCGCAAGGACCCCAAGUACCAGGGAAACCUCCACCAGCAGCAGGAGAUGGCGCGAGCUUGACGAUGAUACUAAGUUUCAAUAAGGUGCAUGUGGGAUGUUUACUAGACAGACUAAGUUGUGAUUAUGUUCUUGAUGCAAUGCAAAGAGGAGCUAGGAUUGGAGAUGCUGCUUAAUUGCCUUUGUCGUCCAUGGUUUCGUGUUCUUGGAAGUUCAGGCUUGUGGGGCAAAAAGUUGUCCCAACGUGUAUUUGGUGGCAGGUAGAUGCUAAAUGUGCUAGGCCUCUAUGAAUCUAUGAUGUUACUCGCUGUUCGGAUUUGAUUGAGAUCGAAUUUAUAUCUUAUGAAUGCAGUGUUUGCACUCUGAAUGCUUCAA